GCGCGCGCAGGUCUCCAGCACAUCUGGGAGAGCCGAGCCUCUGGAAGCCAGAAGGGCGCUGAGCGCCUGUCUGGAGUGGCGGAGCCACCGCGCAGCUGGAGCCCCUUCGAGACGCUCGGGACGCGCAUCUGGGACUGGGAGCCGGGGCCACGCCGCGCACAGCAGUACGCGGGGAGGGGGCGGCGGCUGCACAGCUGGACCGAAGGGGGCGGGGUCGGUCCUGGGCGGCAGGCUGAAGGGAGGGCCGCGAGCCGCGGGGGACUGGAGCAUGGGACAGCGCGUCUGAAGGAGCAGUCCCGGGGAGCCAGGGACCCCGAAAGGAAAAGAGAGGAAGGGGCGAGAGCAGAGGAGGAAGAUGCAACUGACCCGCUGCUGCUUCGUGUUCCUAGUGCAGGGCAGCCUCUAUCUGGUCAUCUGUGGUCAGGAUGAUGGUCCCCCUGGCUCAGAGGACCCUGAGCAUGAUGACCAUGAGGGCCAGCCUCGGCCCAGGGUACCUCGGAAGCGAGGCCACAUCUCACCUAAGUCCCGCCCCUUGGCCAAUUCCACACUCCUAGGGCUGCUGGCUCCACCUGGGGAGGCUUGGGGUGUUCUUGGGCAGCCCCCCAACCGCCCUAAGCAAAGCCCCCCACCUGCAACCAAGGUGAAGAAAAUAUUUGGAUGGGGUGACUUCUACUCCAACAUCAAGACAGUGGCCCUGAACCUGCUUGUCACUGGAAAGAUCGUGGACCACGGCAACGGGACCUUCAGCGUCCACUUCCGCCACAAUGCCACAGGCCAAGGUAACAUCUCUAUCAGCCUCGUGCCCCCCAGCAAAGCUGUGGAGUUCCACCAGGAACAGCAGAUUUUCAUUGAAGCCAAGGCCUCCAAAAUCUUCAACUGCCGGAUGGAGUGGGAGAAGGUAGAACGGGGCCGCCAGACCUCGCUCUGUACCCACGACCCAGCCAAGAUCUGCUCCCGAGACCAUGCUCAAAGCUCAGCCACCUGGAGCUGCUCCCAGCCCUUCAAAGUCGUGUGCGUCUACAUCGCCUUCUACAGUACGGACUAUCGACUGGUGCAGAAGGUGUGCCCAGAUUACAACUACCACAGCGAUACCCCUUACUACCCAUCUGGGUGACCUGGGCAGGCCACAGAGGUCUGUGCAGGAGGUUGUCUGGCUGGACACUGGGUAGGGAAGGGAUGGGCCCCAGGCAGGGAGGGGGUGGAGAGGAGGAGAGGCCAGGUGGGUCCAGGCCAGACCUCAAGUGUUGGGGAAGGGUCCCCAGCUCUGGCCCCAACCUGUUGCUAGAUUGUGGUUGCUAUGGAAGAGGAGCCAGCUCUGGGCAGCCUUACAGGGCUUUCCCACUGAGCUGUAGCCAAUGCUGGGUUCUGAGGCCCCUGGGCAGGCAGGCCAGGUAGUCCCAGAUAAAGCCAUGGAGAACACCGUAACCCUUGGCUUUUCCCCUUUCAUCCCAAGAGAGGACAGCACCAGACAGGAGAGUCCAUCUGUGUAGGCACUAGAUAGGCAACUUAGGAUAGAUGGCUGAGCUGCUUCCUGGGGGCCAGUGGUGGGCAACCCCGACACCCCCACCCCUCCACCCCCCCACCCCCUGCACUGAGGCUGAAGUGGUAAUCGUACCCCCACCCUUGGCCCUUUGCUGUCUUGACAAAUAAAUCAUGGGUCACCAGUCAGGCCACCCCUUUACAAAAUCCCCUCUCCCACCAGCACGCUAUGCUCCUGCCACCCUCUUGCUGAUGGCACAUCCAUCCUUCAGCUGAGGCAGGACUAUUAGGUCCUCUUAGCAUGAAGGCCACAAGCAGAAGCCUGCCUGUGUGCUGUGUCUGUCAUCUGCCCUUCCCCCUGCUGAGAACGGUUCCUCAACAGCCAGCCCCUCAAGUCAGACUGAAGCUUUCUGGAAUAGGGAUGGGGCCUCCUUCUUUGGGUCAUGGGGCUACAAGCUGAGUGGGGUGCAGGAGGCUGGACUGUGUGGCCAUGCUGGAACUGUUCCAUAGUGUCUUCUGUGGUUAGGGGGAGGGGUGGGAAGUCUUGUGAAAUGCCCUGUCACUUCUGUGUUCAGAGUCUUGUCUGUGGAGCAGGGAAUAAAGCUUUCCCAGGGCACUGUA